AUGGCGCUUAACAAUUUUCUCUUCGCGCAGUGUGCCUGCUACUUCCUGGCCUUCCUGUUCAGCUUCGUAGUGGUGGUGCCGCUGUCUGAGAAUGGCCACGACUUCCGCGGCCGCUGCCUGCUCUUCGCCGAGGGCAUGUGGCUGAGCGCCAACCUGACGGUGCAGGAGCGCGAGCGCUUCACCGUGCAGGCGUGGGGCCCGCCGGCCGCCUGCCGCUUCGGCCUGCUCGCCAGCCUCCUGUCGCUGCUGCUGGCCGCCGCGCACGCCUGGCGCACGCUAUUCUUCCUCUGCAAGGGACACGAGGGCUCCUUCUUCCACGCGUUCCUGAACCUGCUUGUCAGCGCCUUCGUGCUCUUCCUGGUCUUCAUUGCCAGCACCAUCGUGAGCGUGGGCUUCACCAUGUGGUGCGACGCCAUCACGGAGAAGGGCGCCAUGCCUCGCAGUUGUGAAGAGCUGCAGGAUGUUGACCUGGAGCUGAAUGUGGACAACUCUGCCUUCUACGACCAGUUUGCAGUUGCCCAGUUUGGCCUCUGGGCCGCCUGGCUGGCGUGGCUGGCUAUCACCACCCUGGCCUUCCUGAAGGUCUACCACAACUACCGCCAGGAGGAUCUGCUGGACAGCCUAGUCCAUGAGAAGGAGCUGCUGCUGGCCCGGCCAUCCUCACGUUCCUCCUUCCAGGAAGAGAAGAGCGCUGUCAUUUAG